AAUUAAUUAUGAUACAAAUAGCUUAAUAGUUUGUAAUAAUACUUCUCUGUGUUAUGCUUAUAACCGAGUUUAAGCGUAUUAGUAAAAAAAUAAGUUGCGAGAUUUAAAGAACCACGUUGCUUUAGAUUUCCCCAUGCAUAAAAUGAAUAUUUUUAAAGGGAAAAGAGCAAUUAGUCGAUGACGUAGCGUUCUUCUUCGUCACAGCUUCUUCGACUGUUUAUUUGUUUGCCAAGUGGGUUUCGCAAAACACGUAAAAAAGAUUCUCUUCAUCUCCCAAAAUCAUGUGGCUCACAUCAAAACUUCAAGCAUUACGUUUACUACGCACACAUACUCCUUUUGCUUUUGGAAGUUAGCUAGGAUGGGAUUCAAACUAAAAGGCCCAUGCUUACUACGUUCGAGUCCGUGAUUUUUCUCUUUGUCGCUGACUACGUGGCCCAUCCAGCUCCGUCUGUUUUGUUAACAUAUUAAUGUUAGGACUUAGGACAUAGGAGAUAAAGAAGUAUACAAGAUUUGAGGUAUCUAAGUCGUAAGUCUUAACCAAACAUUGAAAAACAUACAGUGAAACUUUGCUUUAGGCCUAAGAGUAUCAUUAUCCAGGGUUUCUUAGGGUGAGAUUUUUAAGGGAAUAUAAGAAAUUGUUUCUUAAUUUUUAACUAAAAAGUUAAGAAAUUGUUUCUUAGACCAUGAUUAUCGGGGUCCUAAAGUUGGGUCCUAACCCAUUUUCGGCCCAAAAAUAAAUACAAAAUGGUGAUAAUGUUCCGGGACGGGCCUUAACCAAGGUCGAUUUUUGCUCGUCCUUCUUUGCCACCUGUCGAGUGGAGAUGAAGCGGAAAAGUCGGGUAGGGGAAACUCGAUUUUCUCUUCCCAAAUCGAUCUCACCGUCUUCCGAUUCUCUCUCGACAGCGACACAUGUGGCGAUAAAGUACACCGACGAUUUCAUCCCGAAUCUCUCCCGGAUCCCUCACGAGUCUAUCCCGAGUCUGUCUCCAACCUCAUUCUCCGCCGAUUUCAAUCUAAAAGUGUCGACAUUGGAGCCUCAGAAAUGCCUCCUUUCAGUUCCCAACAGUCUGAGGCUACAUCCCAACCUCAGGACACACCUGUGGAGCGUAUGGUGAGAAGGAAAUGGACGCCGGGUGAUGACGAGGUUCUGAUUAGUGCGUGGCUAAACACAUCAAAGGACGCUGUUGUUGGAAAUGAACAGAAGUUAAGGACCUUCUGGAAACGCGUAGAUGAAUACUUUGCAAUAACUCUUCAUGAGAACAUAGAGAAUGUUCAUUGUAAGCAGAGGUGGCACAGAAUCAAUGAUCAGACGAACAAGUUCUGUGCCGCAUUCGCAGCUGCAGAGAGACAAAUAACCAGCGGUCAGAGUGACAAUGACGUUCUAAAGGUGGCUCAUGAAAUCUUCUACUCUGAUCAGGGACACAAGUUUACCCUCGAGCACGCGUGGUGUGCCCUGCGAUAUGAACAAAAGUGGAUAAGCCUGAACACACCUAAGACGGCCGGUUCAAAGAGAAAGAGUGGUGAGGUUAGUUCCCAACCUUCAAGCGCACAUGUCGGUGAGGUCAGUUCCCAAUCUUCAAUGUGUCCUGAAGGUAUCAAGGCUGCGAAAGCAAGCAGGAAUGGUAGUAAAGGAAAGACUAUUGAGGACUAUAAGAGCAUUUUGGAGCUCAAGAUGGAAGAUUUGGCGAGGAAGGAGAAACUGUCGAAGCUGGCGAUAUUAGACACUCUCCUUGCUAAGAAGGAUCCACUAAGUGAGAGUGAAGAAACUGUCAAGAACAAGCUGUUGGCCGAACUCUUCUAGUUUUUCAAUUCGAAGUUUCUGUCUUAUGUAAUAUCUAUUAAAAUGUUGCUUUUGUGUUGGUCUAAGUUUGUGUCUUGUGUUCUAUGUUCUAAUCUGUUAUGUUUGUAAUUUCUAUGAAGUUCUCGUAUCAGUUUCUGUCUUGUGUUCUAU